GUGAACACGCGAGAGGAGAGGCGAGGCGGAAACAAGCCCGAGCUUUCCCGUCUCCUCUUCCUCCUCCCGAACCCAACCAAUCCAAUCUCGACGAUGGAGGCGCAGGCGCAGGACAAGGCGGAGGAGGGGGAGGAGGAGGGCACGCGGCCACACGCGCAGGUGGGCGCGGUCGGGGGAGGAGGUGGUGGUGGGGCGGCGGCGGCUAUGGCGGUGGGCGCCAUCCCCAUGAACAGCUGGCUCGUGCCCAAGCCCGAACCGGUGGAGUUCUUCGGCGGGAUGGCCGUGGUACGCAAGCCGCCGCCGAGGAACCGCGACCGGCACACCAAGGUGGAGGGCCGCGGGAGGCGGAUCCGCAUGCCGGCGGCGUGCGCGGCAAGGAUCUUCCAGCUCACGCGGGAGCUAGGGCACAAGUCCGACGGCGAGACCAUUCGGUGGUUGCUGCAGCAGUCGGAGCCGGCCAUCAUCGCGGCCACCGGCACGGGAACCGUGCCGGCGAUCGCGACCACCGUCGAUGGCGUGCUCCGCAUCCCGACGCAGUCGUCGUCGUCCUCUGGCCCGGCGUCCUCCGCUGUGGUCGACGGUGAGGAGUCCUCGGCCAAGCGACGCCGCAAGCUGCAGCCCACGCGCGCGGUCGCUGGUGCGUCUCCACUGGCAACGGCGGCGCCCGCGGCCUACUACCCGGUCAUCGGUGACCCUCUCCUCCAGGGUAGCGCUGGCGCGGCGAUUUCAGUUCAGAGCGGCCUCGCUCCAAUCACCGCCGCCGGCGCUCCCCAAGGCCUCGUGCCUGUCUUCGCCGUCCCGGCCACUGGCAGCCCCGCGGUCGCCGGCGGCAACCGCAUGAUCCCUCAAGCCACGGCCGUAUGGAUGGUCCCGCAGCCUGCAGGAGCCGCGGGCGCGGGUAACCAGCCGACGCAGUUCUGGGCCAUACAAUCCGCUCCCCAGCUCGUCAACUUCGCCGGCGCGCAGUUCCCGACGGCGAUUAACAUCGCCGACUUCCAGCAACAACAGCAACCGCAGCACCCGGUGUCAACAACCAUCGUCCAGCACAGCAACUCUGGCGAGCACCCGGUUCACGUGCAGUUCUCCGGCGCCGACUCGCACGAGCAGCAGCGGCGCGGGCGGAAGGAAGGCAGCGGCGUGGACCACCCCGAGGAGGACGAAGACGACGACGACGACGAGCCCGUCUCCGACUCCAGCCCGGAAGAGUAACACAGAGUCACAGAGCCCACUCGCACUGGACGCCAAAAAGUCCAAACCCUCUCACAAAGCUUAGGAUCCUUUUCCCUCCAAUUCAAUCCUUUUUCCCUCUCUUUUGCUCCGUUUCUUUUUCGCACAAUUAUUCCCUCCUCCUCCUCGUCAUCGUCAUCAUGAACUAGUAAUUACUCCCGCGUGUUGUGUAGCGCUGGUACUACUACUAAGCUCACUGUUGUGUUAGUGUUAGUGCACAAGAUUUAGCAUGCAAAUGAGCAGGCGCAGAUGAAGUUAACCCAACCACGAGAAGAAGAUGUUGACAAAUUGACACAAGUUUUAAGUCUAAUCAUCAUGUUUUUGUUACC